CUCACCCCUCCUCCAUCAGAGCAGGGUUUUCUUAUCGAGCGCUCCACAUCUCUGGGAAUUUGCUUUCGCUAGUUAUUAUUUGUAGGUGUUUAUUUUUUGUCUGUUUGAGUCGAUUAGUUUGUUCUGACAACAUCAAUUCUUAAUAUUUAUUACUUGAACUGUUUUAUCUAGAGAUCUGCAUCCCAUCCUAUCCUCUCUGGGGGACACGCCGAUCCAUUAAUAUUUAUUCUGUGCCGAUUGAAUAGAAGUACAGUCAAGGGUUUUGUGAAGAAGAAAUCACCCGCGUUUUUGCUGUUUCUAAUUUCACCGAGAGGAUUUAACACGCUUCCUUGCACCUCUUCAGAAGCAUGACCACUGAAAUGAGUGAAAUGAUUGACACCAAGAAGGUCCCGCUGGACAGGUCAGUCCGACUGCAAAGCAGGAGCUUUGAGGAUCCAGAGAGCCAGAUGUUCCUCCAUGAGCAGAACCUGGGCAAGAAGAAGUAUGAGGCAGAAUAUCACCAGGGCAGCGCCUCAUUCGGCAUGUCCGUCUUCAACCUGGGGAACGCCAUCAUGGGCAGCGGCAUCCUGGGUCUGUCCUACGCCAUGGCCAACACUGGCAUCGCAUUGUUUGUGAUGCUCCUUGUGGCAGUCGCCAUCUUCUCCUUGUAUUCUGUCCACUUGCUGCUGAAGACGGCCAAUGAAGGAGGUGCGCGUGUGUACGAGCAGCUCGGCUACAAGGCCUUUGGGAUUCCUGGCAAACUUGCCGCUUCCUGCUCCAUCACGAUGCAGAACAUCGGAGCCAUGUCAACCUACCUCUACAUCAUCAAAUAUGAAUUACCCACCGUCAUCAAAGCAUUUCUGGGAUCCAGCGAUGAUGAAUGGUACACUAACGGAGACUACCUGAUGCUGCUUGUGACCCUCGCCAUCAUCCUGCCCCUCUCACUGCUCAAGAACUUGGGUUACCUUGGUUACACAAGCGGCCUGUCCCUGCUCUGCAUGGUGUUCUUCGUGAUUGUGGUGAGUGUCAGCGCCCUGCUUCCUCGUCUUCCUUUCCUUCCAGGAAACGCCUGGAAUGAAGAAACAGAAUAUCUGCCGGAUCCUGAAUGUUGUUGUCUUUUCCUCCAGGUGAUCAUCAAGAAGUUCCAGAUCACGUGCAAUAUGUUAGUGGAGGCAAACAUAACCAAGGCCUCGGACCAGUGCACGCCACAAUACUUUGUCUUCAACUCGCAGACGGUCUACGCCGUUCCCAUCCUGACCUUCGCCUUCGUGUGCCACCCGGCCAUCCUGCCCAUGUAUGAGGAGCUCAAAGACCGGUCCCGCAAGAAGAUGCAGAACGUUGCCAACGUGUCCUUCCUGUCCAUGUUCAUCAUGUACCUGCUGGCCGCCCUCUUCGGAUACCUCACCUUUAACUCUGGAGUGGAGUCUGAGCUGCUGCACACCUACUCCAAGGUCUACCGCCAGCUCGACGUGGUCCUGCUGAUCGUCCGCCUAGCCGUGCUGACCGCCGUCACGCUCACCAUCCCUGUGGUGCUCUUCCCCAUCCGCACAUCCGUCAACCACCUCUUCUGCGCCUCCAAGGAGUUCAGCUGGCUCCGCCACACCAUCAUCACUGUGAGCCUGCUGGGCUGCACCAACAUGCUGGUCAUCUUCACCCCCAACAUCAAGGACAUCUUUGGCAUCAUCGGAGCCUCUGCUGCUGCUAUGCUCAUCUUCAUCCUGCCUUCAGCUUUCUACAUCAAACUGGUCAAGAAGGAGUCCAUGAAGUCUAUUCAGAAGAUUGGGGCCACUCUCUUCCUAAUUCUGGGCUUCGUGGUCAUGAUCGGCAGCACGUUGCUCAUCAUCCUGGACUGGAUCCACAAUUCCCAGAGCGGACCGGCGCUCGUCGGCCACCCGGCAGUCAACGCCACGACCACGCCGGCUCACGGGCACUAGAGCGCUGCCUCAGGCAACUGUGACUGAGCGGAAGAUCCGGACACCUGUUGUAUGAGAAGAUGAAAACGCGAGGACUCACGCCGGGGGCCGAGCAACGGACCAUGCCAUUCCCAGAGAAUGUAUCCGAACACUGUACAGUACGCUUUUAUAGGCCACAAGAUGGCAUUUUACUUGCUUCUUCUCCUUUUUUAUUGUAAAUAGUUUUUGCUUAUUUUUACUUUGUUUGUGGGGUUUUUUGUAGUCAUGGUACAGCUGAAAACAAAUAUUUGAAGGUGCCUCAGAGCAGAGAUGAGCUAGUCUUUAGGGAUCAGAACGCAGCUUACACUCAGGUACGGUUUCAGUGUUUUGAGUGUGGCUGCUACCUCAGCGCCGAGCGACAACAAACCCUCCUGAGCAAAGCGUGCAAAUCUCUGACCGACGAGAGGCUCGAGACUUGAAAAACUUCUCCUCAAGGAAGAUUAAGUUCCUUCCAGAUUUUUUUUAACGUACCCAAAAAUGUAUUUUAAGUGUGUUUUUGAAUCAAAAAGCACUUACUGUUCAGCACACUUGUCGGUUUUCACAGACUACGCGGCUCAUUCAAUACUCGCACCAAGGUUUUUUUUUUGUAAAUUGCUUCUUGUCGUCUGCUUUUCUUGUGACAUCUAAAAGUGUAAGUCAAACAGAUCCUGCGUUUUCAACACUGGGAGCUGCAGAGAAUCUCUUACCAAAACUGUAUUUACUCUUGAUAACCUGCUGAAGAUGUUGGCACAGCAUCCACACUACUGCUUGAUGACCCCCGCCUUGCUACAAACACGGGGCGUUUUUCUAACCGGAAGAAUACUAUGAAUUUGACCACAUGCGGUGGUUGUACUACCUGGAAAACUUGCAAAGACUACAUGUAUUCGUUGCCGUGAACAACCAAGUGUCAUCAGAGAGCUUCUCUCACAGUACACAAAGUGUUUGGAUGUGCGACUGCACAGAGCCAGAGCUCGAUGGUGGGGGACUCGUUCCCCCACGGAGCCAUGACACUGUCAUCUUCAGACGCGCUGUGCUUCCAACACUAUCCUAACUCAUCACACACUGAUAUUGUCUAUUUAUGGAAGACCGUGAGUUGAUGUAAUGUUAUCACUUUUACUAUAUUUAUAUUAUAGUCUAUGUGUACAUAUGUGUAUAUAUAUAUAUGUUGAGUUCACUGUACAUAUGUUCUGGUUUGAUUUCCUUUUUUUUUAACAGUACAGCAGUGGAUCGAGAGAGCAAAUUAAAACCACAGAGUUGGUGAGUUUGCUCUGAGAUCACUGCUCAUCUCCUUUAGUACUGACUGAAUUAUUGUCCCACUGCUGAUUCUGUAGAAGCGGUUUUACACGUCGAGGUUGCUGCGUGGCAGCAGUUUUGCUUUCUCCCCCUCCCCCCUACGAACUGUUACUUUCACCUGUCAUGGUUAGAGUACAUCAGGCAACUCUUAACCUCAGGAGCAAAGAGGGCUUUGCCCACCAGUGUUACCCACUUGUUUCAAUGAAACACUAUGUAAAUGUUGUAAUUAAUGUCCAAUUAAAACGAGAUAACCUAAA